AUGGAUCAUAAAAAUGUUCGAGUCUUUUUCAAUUUAUUGCAAGCCUCUAAUAGUGUUUCACAAAUACUAUUAAAAAGAUUGCAGCGAAAUCAACGAAGAAUUAGUAGAAGAUGGUGGGUGAAACCUUACAUUGUUGAGAAUAUUAGAUGCGACUUUGGCGCGUAUAAUCGGCUGUUUUUCUACUUCAAACUCAGUGAUCACGAAGAGUUUUUUCAAUUUACAAGAAUGAGAGUGCAACAAUUCAAUAUCCUUCAUGAACUGUUGGCACCACUCCUUAUCAAAAAAAGUAUUCGAAAACCUCUAGAGCCAGAACUGCGAAUUGCUGCCACAUUGAGCUACAUUGCACGUGGAGACAGUAUUCGUACGACAUCUUGGUUUUUCUCUAUUGGCAGAUCAACCAUAUACUCAAUUGUUCAAGAAGUUUGCAAGAAAAUAGUGCAAGUACUACAGCCAAUAUAUCUCAGAAUGCCGAAUAGAGAUAAAUGGAUUGAAAUUGCCAAUGAUUUUCAAACGAAAUGAAAUUAUCCAAACUGUUUGGGUCCAAUUGAUGGCAAACAUUGUCGUAUUUUUGCUCCACCACGAUCAGGCACAGCCUUUCACAAUUACAAGGGUUUAUACAGUUUCAUUCUCCUAGCCACGUGUGAUGCCCAUUAUCGUUUUACUUGGGUAGAUAUUGGAGAUCAUGGUUCAUUAAAUGAUGCUGGAAUUUUUGCAAAUUGCGAUUGGGGAAAACCUUGA